AUGUCGGCCUCCGCCGUCGGUCUGAACCCUCUGCCUCCCCAUCUCCACCACUCCACGACCCGUCUCACGCACCGCCAAGCACAUACCAUGCUUGCCAGCUUUCUCGACCGCGCCGAAAACGACGCCGCAUACAGACCGGACUCGACGCUUACGGAGCGGGGACCCCAGGCUUUGUCUAGUUCGAGCACGCCGAACCUCACGCUGACUCACCUGAAGAGGAUCCUCAAGGGGAUCGAGGGAGAGCGGGUAGGCGGUGGGUUGAAAGUGCUGGACGAGGAUGCCGAUGCCGAUGCCGACGCCAAUGGCACGGCGAAUGAAGUCGGAGGAUCGGAUGGGACCGUGGAUGUCGACGUCGGUGACACAGAGGGCGAGGGCACGACAAGGGGCGUGAAGCGAAGUCUGGCGUUCGAUCAGGAGGAUGCGGCUCCCAAGAGACAGAAACAGGGGCGAAAGCAAAAGCAAAGGCAGGAUAUAAUUGCCUUGCCUGACGCCGAACGCACAGGUGAUCCCACCGACGGGGCGGUCCUCGAAGCUAGGAAUGCCGCCGACGACGAGAGUGAGUGGCAGGACCCUACGCUCUACGCCUUAGGACGACACGAAGUGAAUCACAAUGACGCCCCGACGGGACAAGGUCGAGUCAAAGAUGAUGCCCGCGACGGCGUUUUCGCGGGAGGCGGACAGAACGAUGCGGGAGGCGAGGAUGAGUUGGAUCUCGUGGAACUCGACGCCCGAAAUGAGAUCGAAGAGGCUAGACAUCCGGGCGCGGGCUUGAAGCAGCCGAGUGGGCCGGAAGAGGAAAGACAACUGGUCAGUAUCCGGAUCGAGGGGACGGGCGAGGUCGUAGACCCGAGGGAGAAUGCCGAGAAGAAAGGGAAGAGGGCGAAGCCGGCAAAGAACGCUGGUCACAUCGACGGGGCGGAGCUUGUUAGACAGACGAGAAAUGUGGAACGAGAUGAUAAGAAGAGGAAGGGGAAGAAGGAGAAGGCGAAUGACGCCGGAGCAUCGCAAGAACAGGACCGCGACCGCGACCACGACGAGGAUGGAGCUGUCGACGUUGACAUGGCGGACAGUCAGAGAAACAAAGUCAGCAAGCACGCUGAAGAUAAAGAGGCGACAUCCCAAGCACUAAGCAAGGAAGAAAAGAAGAAGCUGAAGAAGAUGAGACACAAGGACGCAAAGAGAGACAGGGAGGAUCAGAGGCUGAAAAAGAAGACGAAGUAG